UUCUGAUCGAUCUGCAUAUAUAUCCAUCCAGUCUUCAAUCUCCACAUACAUUUUCUCUUCCAUCACUUUCUUUGAACGAAGCCUCGCUCUCAGUUUUAGAAUCCCAAAGCUCAAAAAGCAUACAAAAAAUUAUAUAUCAGAUCAGAACAAGAAAUAAUAAUGACAGCUUUUUGUUAGUACCAAUUAUAUUAGAGGUUCACAACUCACAAAUAAUUAAUCCCUCUAUCUAUCUGUUCUUCAAUUCAUCAAUAUAAUUCUACCUAGCUAGCUAGUUUCCCCCUCCCUCCCUAGCUUCAUUAAGAUGUCUGACUGCUUUUUUGAGGGCCCAAACACUAGUUUUUCUGAGUUUUGUGAACUUCAAUCCCUCCAAGACCUAAUAAGUAACAGUCAAAGUCACCCCUCUCCCUCUCCCUCUGUGACCAACACAAGUAGCUCUUCUUCUUCUUUCAAUAAGCAUAGCCUUGUGGGUGAGGAGAUGAUGCAGCCCACUCCAAUGGAGAAGAAAAGGAAAUCCAGGAAAGCCUCUCAAUCUAAGAGUGUGAAAGAAAGUGAUAAAGGAAAGAGGAAGAGGGAAAGGAUGAAUAAUAAUGGUGAUGAGGAUAAGGAAUUAGAACCAAUAUUAUUAUCAGAGAAGAUGAAGGAGGAGAAGAAGAUUAAGGGUGUUGAUGAGGAGGCCCCUGUGGGUGUGGGCUACAUCCAUGUGAGGGCAAGGAGGGGCCAGGCAACAGACAGUCACAGUCUUGCUGAAAGGGUGAGGAGGGAGAAAAUCAGUGAAAGGAUGAAGGUACUGCAAGGUCUUGUUCCAGGCUGUGAUAAGGUAACCGGAAAGGCCCUCAUCUUGGAUGAAAUUAUCAACUAUGUCCAGUCCUUGCAAAAUCAAGUUGAGUUUCUGUCCAUGAAGCUUGCUUCUGAGAAUCCCAUGUUCUAUGAUGGUGGAUUGGACAUUUUGCAUGCUCCAGCUCCUGCGGGCAUAAAUAUGGAGCAGGGGGAGCAGGAGCAAUGGAACCCUACCAUGAGGAGCAGCACAGAAAUAGGUGCAGUGUUGUCUGAGACAAAAAGUGACUUGACAUUAAUGCCGACAACUAUAGCCAAUUGUGACUAUCAAUUCCAAUUCAUUGCUACUCCAACUUCACUUCACUAUCAACACCCCCAUUUCCUAAACCCUAUCCCUAUCAAUCAGGGCAAUGGACAGCUCUUAUGGGAUAUGGGAGAGCAAAGACCAAAAAUUCAUUAAUCAAAAGUAGUGUAUAUCAAGAAUGUUUGUAUGUUAGAGACAGUAAUGACUAUGACUGUAAUCACUGUAUGGUAGAAUAUGUCCUUUGAAAUCUACGUAGAAAUAAGAGAAAAUUAAAUAAUCUAGCACUUUACUCUUCUUCUUCUUCUUCUUUUUUUCCCCUUUUAUCUAGGACUCCUAGAAGUAAUUAUUAUAUAUAGGGUUGUACGAACAGCAGUUAAUUUCCGUUAUUACAGUUGUGUUUUUACCGUUACGGUA